AUGUGUUUGUUUUUGACUACAGGACAAUAUAUAAAUGAUGACGAUUUACAAACAAUGGAUCGCGAUGAUAUUGAACAUUUAUUUAAAAAUGAGUAUGGUUUUACAUUUGGUGAUCGUAAACGAUUUUGGAAUGCAAUAAAAAAAUUUCAAUCAGUAAAUAAAAAAAAUGAUAUUAUUUACGUGGAAACACAAACACAUAAUGAAACACCUGAUCUUUAUGAAAUAAUUGAUGAUGAACCAACAGAUUAUCAAUUAACACAACAUUAUAGACCGUUAUCAGUAUCACCAUUACCAUCGUCACCUAAAAGACUUUCAUCUACUACAGUUUAUGAUCAUUUUGAUGAUGAAAUUGAAACAAGUACAGUUGAAGAUAGUAGUUCAGAGAAUAAUGAUGAUAAUCUAAGGAGAGCAACAACAUCAUUACCUGUUUAUGAUCAAUUUGCUAAGCAACUACGAAGGAGAAAAGACGAAAAUUUUAUAUUUGAAUAUCCAGUUGAGUUACCAUUAUUUUCUGCAAACGUUCAAAAAGCCUUAGAAGCAAAUAAUAUUCAAGAGGAAUGGUCAACAUUGAUAAAAGAACUUGCACAAUGGAUUGGAGUCAAAGCUAAAAAUCCUCCUAAAAAAUGUGAAUAUCAAGCUAUUGGACAAACUCUAUUUAAACUUUAUCCGUGCACUGGUCGAGAUGGUUUUCGACCCUGGUCAUAUUUAUGUAAAUGCCUUACAACUGAUCUUCGUAAGGAUAGACUUAAAAACAAAAAACUCACAACUGAACAAAACGCAAAUUAG